AUGGAGGCGGGCAGCGUGGCGCAGGCCGACGCGGCGCUCCACAGCGGCGCCCGAGGUGACGAGGCAGCCGACGGUGCGGCCAAUGGCGGCGUUGCGGAGGCUCGCGCCGCAGGGCACGGCGAGGUGGCACGCCCCGCAGGGGGCGGCGUCCAGAGGGAGGCUCCGGACGCCUCGACGGCUGCAGACAGCCGCGCGGCGGCGAUGGGUGCAGAGUGCAGCCCCGCCGUUGAGGGGGGCGAGUUGGCAGAGCUCAACGGUGGUCACACGGAGGCUCCGCCGUCCACCGCGGCCUCCACCACGGUGCCAGCUGCCACCGAGGGCCCCGCCGAGGCCGUCGCCGCGGGCUCUCAGGCGACCCCCGACGCCGCUCCCCCGAGCGUCACGCGCUGGCCCCAGAGCGGACCUCUUGCCUCGCCGCACGUGGUGACCCUGAUGGCCACGGUGUCGGAGGACCCUCAUGCGUUCGAGGAGUGGCUGCUGCUGCUCAAGCUGGUCGAGCAGCACGGCGCCCCCCAGCUGUUGGAGGUGUGUUACGGGAACUUUCUCCGGGAGUUCCCGCUGUGCUGGGGCUAUUGGACGAGGCUGUACGAGCUCACAGUGCGGUUGCGCGGCAGCGCGGCCGCCCUCGAGGUGUACGAGCGUGCCGUCGACGCCGCAACGCCCUGCGUCGACCUGUGGGCAGGCUACACUGACGCCGCGUGCAAGGAGUACGCCAACGGGGGCGGCGUGUCGGAGGAGGACGUGCGGACGCUGCUCCACCGCGCGAUCAAGGCCGUGGGUCUCGACUGGCGGGCGGGUCAGAUCUGGGAGCGUUGCCUCGACUUCGAGGAAGCAUGCGGCAACUGGGUGGCUGUGGGUGAAGUCUACCGCCGCGCGCUCGGAGUCCCCAUGGACGGCUUGGCUGCAGUCCACGUCCGACUGCGUGCGCUGCUGCUCGGCGCCGCACGCCCACCGCUUGCGGAGCUGUGCUCCCCCGCGGAGGUGGCAGAGCUCGAGGCGGCCGCCUCCGACGAGGGCGACGGGCCGAGCGGCCGCGACCCCGCUCCCCAGCUGCUGGCCAUUGCCGAGGGCGGCGGCGAGGGCGAGGCCGACCAGCCCCUUGCGGCUCAGGCCCCCGACGGCGAGGCGACGGCGCCCGCCCCUGCCGCCUGCGGCGAGGGCGAGGCCGACCAGCCCAUGGCGGACGAGACCCCCGCCGACGGCGCGGCGACGGCGCCCGCCCCGGCCGGCGGCGGCGAGGGCGAGGCCGACCGGCCCCUGGCGGACGCGGCCGAUCGGUCUGCCGCCGAGCCCCGGCGCGGGACGGGCGGCGCCGCGGAGGCGCAGGCGGCCCCGGAGGAGGCGCAGGAGGGCGAGCUCGAGGACGGCGAGCUCCCCGAGGACGGCGAGCUCCCCGAGGAGGCCGAGGCCCUGGCCGCGCCGAAGGUGCAGGGCGGCGAGGUGCGGAGGGCCCCUUCGCCCCCGCAGGCGCGGCGCGCCCAGGCGGCCGCGCCGCCGCUCAAGCGCACGAGGUUCUCGGUGCCCCCGCGCGUGAAGUGGCUGCUGGACGCCCGCGAGGCGCAGUACAAGAGGACGUCGAACGAGGGGCAGCAGGCCCGUGAGUUCGAGUUGCGCCUGCAGCGCCCCUACUUCCACCACAAGGUGCUCAGCCCGGGGGAGCUGGACACGUGGCGCCAGUACCUCGAGUUCGAGGAGUCCCGCUUCCCCCGCGACGAGCUCCGGCGGCAAAAGCUGUACGAGCGCUGCCUCGUGGCCACCAACAAUUACCUCGAGUUCUGGCUGCGCUAUGGCUCCGCUCUGGAGAAGGACGGCAACCUCGCGGGCUUCUGUGACGUGCUCGCGGGCGCCAUCUCCUCGGGGCGCCUGGGCUACCGCCCAGACGCCGUGGUGGCACUCGCGAAGGCCGAGGAGCAGUGCGGGCAGCUUGACGCAGCCCGGCGCACGCUGGACGGGGCCCUUGAGGGCUUCGCUCGCGGCAGCACGGAGGUCAUCAUCCAGCGGGUCGCCCUCGAGAUGCGGUCCGGGCGCCCUCACGAGUGCAGGCUGCUGUACGAGCGCCACCUGCGCGAGGCCAACAGCACCGCGGCGCGCACGGUCCUCGCGCGCCGCCUGGCGCGGCUCCUGGAGGACGUGCUGCACGAGCCGGCUCAGGCCCUCGAGGUGCUGCUCGGCGCCUGGACCUCUGGCUGCUGCGACCUGCCCAUGCUCGCGGAGCUCGCGCCGCUCGCCCUGCGG